AUGCUCACCCUUUUCUCAGGAUUUGUCAGCUACCAGAUGGUUAGAGAUGCAUAUGAUGCUGGAAAAUCCCGAUUUGGGAGCCUUUUAGGCCAUCAUCAUGGCAAAACAGAUAGGAUUUAUAUGAAAGGUCCUGGAGGCCGAGGGGAAGUUGAAGUAGCUGUUUCUGGUGUUGCAGAUCAAAGUCAGCUGGAUUCAGAGCCACCUUCUCCAGUUAUAUCAAAGAAAGGGAUAGGGUUGGGUGUAAUUGUUCGCAGAGCUGCAAUGGUUGCAUCAGUAGCAGCAAAACAUGCUUAUGCUGCCGCCUCUUCCUCUAGCUCAAACUUUGAUGAAAUGAUACCGUUGAAAUGCAGCUUAAUGUCCAUAUCGCUGCCUUGGGAAUAUAUAGCAUAUGAUCUUCUGUUUAAGGGAGCUCCUCCGGUGGACAUGUAA